AUCUAACAAAUAUUUUAAUAGACUAUUCAAUUUCGAUUUCUAACAGUUAAACAAGAUUUCAGAUUGAAUGUACGAGGGGUGAACCGUGAAAGGUUUUAUUUUUAAGAAUAUUGUAGGGAAAAACUUAAGAAUACAUUUAUCUUAUGACCAUAGUCAAUUGAAGUUUGCAUAAUUUCAUUUAUGCAAACCGGUAACCGGCAUUUGACAUAUUAUUUUGUUGCUAAUAUAACCACGAUUUAAGAUUAUAUUAUCUUAAACCGUGCUAAUAAUUGAUAACAGUCCACAGAUAAUACUUAUCAAAGAGGCCUUAUCAUAAAUCAUGCCAUUUUUCAAAUAAUAUUCGGUUAACUGAUAACAGUUUUACAAUUAAAUAUUAUUGUAAAGUCAACACAAUUAAAUUAAUUGUGGAGCAUGUCGUUAUUUCUAUAAAUCUAUUCAACUUCUAACUUUUAAUUAUCGAUAUAAAGUUAUUUAGUAGAUAAAUACAUUAAAAAUGGAAUGUUUUCCAGUUUGUUGCUGCGCCAACAAUGAAUGUAACGAGAGAGCAAAAUAUCCAUUUAUUUCAAAGUUGAACACAAUUUAUACGUGUGUAAGUAAUUUAACUGAAUUGGACUUAAGCGCAUGUGACCUCAAAGAAGUACCAGAAUUUAUAAGUAAUCUCGAUAAACUUUCUAAACUAAAUUUGUCGACCAACAAUUUGAUAGCACUCCCUUUGUCAUUAACCAAACUUCAACAUGUUUUUGAAAUUAAUUUGUCGCACAAUGUUUUUCAAGAAUUACCUCAGUGCAUUAUCAAUGGUAUGUCCACCAUAGAAGUACUUAACAUAUCACAUAAUAUGCUGUCAAGUAUAAGUUUUAGACCGGCUUGCGUCCACAAUUUAAAAACACUUAACCUAAACAACAACUCUAGUUUAUGUUGUCUUCCAAAAUGGUUAUGGUCUAUUGAUUGUAACGCAUUAGAGUCGUUGGAUAUAUCAUUCACAAACUGUUUGCAACACGUAGAAUCAGAUCCUUAUAUGAACAUGUACGGCAUUAGUAAUCACUUAUGUUAUUUAAACGUUGCCAAUACAAAUUCUCAAGCUCAGGAUUUUGAAUUUAUUAAACAUUUAAAAACACUAAAACAUGUGGUUUUUGAUAACAUAACAUUGAAUAAGAAUAAUUAUAAUUACUUAAAUUAUAUACCAUCGAUAUUCAACUAUCGUUUUAAGUCUAUUACCUCAUUAAGUAUGAGUAACGUUACUUUAUCGAGUAUUAGAAAGGAGAUAUACUUCAUCUUGCCAAAUUUGACAAAUUUAAAUUUAUCAAACAAUGAAAUUCUUUCAUUGCCAAUUACAUUAGGCGACAUGACCAAUUUGGAGGUGUGUGAUUUUUCAAAGAAUCAAAUAUUUACUAUACCCGAAUGUUUUAAAAACUUGAAGAAUUUGAAAAAAUUGGUGCUAAACAAUAAUCAAAUUUCAGAAUUUCCAAACAUUCUUGAGGAUAUGAUUAAUUUAGAGUGGUUUGAUUUAUAUGCUAAUAAAUUAUCAAAUUGCCCUACGUGGGAUAAAAACCCAAACAUGAAGUUUAUGGAUUUUGAACAAAAUUUGUUUUUAAUGAACAAUGAAAUUUAUAAUAAAUUGUUAGAAAAUCUACGCAAAAGUACAGAUCCAGAAAAACGUUUAAUGGGUGCUGUUUGUAUAGAUAGCAAUUUGACGGGAUCAAAUGACAUUGAUUUUUAUGAAUCAUCAUCAUCGAGUUAUGAAGAGUCUACAUUUUCAUCCGACAGCCAUCCAGAUUCUCAUGACGAUCAGUCUACAGAACAUUUAUGCGUGCAGUUGAAGGAAGAUGUUUGGGAAGAAAAUACUUAUGAAAUAACAUCAGCUCUAUUUGAUCCAAAAGAAUUUGAAAUGGAACUUUUCAAUGAACUAUCAAAGUUACAACUUUCCGCUAAAGAGGGCGUUACAAUCAAAUCUCCCAAGAAAAGUUCAUCCUAUCUUGGCAACGAACAUUAUUUUUGCCCAAGCGACGAUUAUAGUAAAAUACUCUAAGCUAAUAUUAAAUAUAUUAAAAGACUGUAAUUAAAAAUAAAUUAAUCUUAAAUAAGUUUUUUAUAUAAUGUUGUACCUGAUAUUUAUAAUUGUACAUUGUAAUACAUUCACUGGUUGAUUCUUUAAACGCACUACUCUUCUCUUAAAAUAACUUCAAUGUUUUUAGCUUUACUUUUUAAACAUAUUUUUGUUUAUGCUAUGUUAUUUUUCAAUAUUAAACAGUAUUCAAAUUUGAUUUUCUUUAAUGGUAACGUGUAUAUGUAAUUUACUUUGAAGUUGAUUACCAUUGAAGUUUUUAAAGUUAAUAAUCGUCUGGAAAAUACUAAAAAAAAUAAAAAUUUGAAUACUGUGUAAUGUUGUAUUUAUAACAUAAACAAGUGUUUCCGAAAAAAAAAUGGUAAUUACUUUAAGAGGAAACUGGUGUAAGGCCUUAAAAGAAUCACCCAGAUAUACAUAUGUAUAGUAUAAAUAUAUAUAUUUACAUUUUUUUUUUAAUUUGUUAUUUAUAUGUUAUAUAAAUAUAUUUGUUAUUUUAUUUUUAUAUGUUAUAAAAUUUUACAAAGACUAAAUACAAAUAUUUUUAUGUAUCUAUUAG